GAAGCUUCGACACUUGUUUCAUUUCAGUUAAUACACAAUCCGGUAUGAUGUUUGUAUUACGGGGAAGGUAUUAUACUGAGGCAAUUUUGAGACUCGUCGGCAGCCGACGACAAACAUAUUCAAGCUUGGCGUGUCUCAAUGUCAACCCCCGCGUUGCACUAGUUGACGAGAGGGUCUCCAUCACAGCCAACAGUCUUCAGCCAUUACAGCGAGUGACGGUACAGGCGUACGUGGAAGAAGGAAAGGCGGUUUUCAGCUCAUGUGGCCAUUUUCUAGCAGACGAGGAAGGACAGAUUGAUGUCAGCCAACAUGCUUCAGUUGGUGGAACAUACAAAGGUGUUGACAACAUGGGCCUCUUCUGGAGUAUGAAUCCUGUUCCUGGAGUGUCCCUUAAGCCACUUCUCAGACAGGCAGACGUGACGAUACCUCUGGUCUUCAGACUAUCUGUCAUGGAUGACCACAUCCCCUUUGCUGAUCUCCAGUUUCCCUCCUCAGUUGUUCUGGCAACAGGCGAGUUACAACGCUGGUACAAACACGAGACCGUCAGGAGAGUCGAAGUGCGCGAGGGUUCCUUGAGAGGAACUCUUUUCUUGCCUGCAGGCCGUCGUGUUCGACAAAGAGACCCACCUGUCCAUUCGCUCAAUGAAUUGAAUGUUGCUGCAUGA